GGGAGGGGGUCGUUGCAACUGAAGGGACCGUGGAGGCCUUUCCGGCUGCGGAGUCUGAGGCCCUGCGGCGGUCUCCGGAGCUCUGGCGGGCGGGGGGCUUCCCAGAGACUGGAGAUGCCCAAGGCAGCUCCUGAAGGGAGGGUUACGGGAGACCGGGAGAGCUUCCAGAGCUACCGCCCGGCUGGCCAGCCUACCUCGAGGAGCGCGCCCCGGCGGGAACUGUGAUGACAGGACCUGAGGCGGGGGAGGGGAGUUAGUCCAUAAGGGACCAUCUCAUUCGGAAGAAGCCCUCCGUUUUAACAAAUGAGGAAACUGAGGCGGAGGGAAGUUGAGGAGUUGGCUAGAGCAGAAACCCGGUUUCCCAGCGACUUCUACGUGGGCUUUUUCUAUUCGCACCGUCUCCUUUGCUUCCUGAGCUGAAAUAGUGGGGACCCAGACCCAAGAGGAAGCUGAGGAUCCUUUUUCUGUGUGUUGAGGGAUCUUAACGUCCUUUUAGGUGGCAAAAGGACCUAACACAUUAACAUAGUCCAUUUACCACGUUAAUAGUUGCCUGAUCACAAACAACUAAAGGUUCUUGUGAAUCACAUCUCAGAGGUUGAGAUUUCCUAAACAUGUAUUGAAUCCUUAAAGUUCCAUCCGCAGUGUCUCAAACUAGUUGUUUACUAGUCACCAUGAGUAAGGGAGUUUGGGUGGUUGACUGAUAGCUGGCGCGGUAAAGGAAAGUCUGUAAUACUAAGCAGCUGAGGGCUGGAUGUCCAGGAUUGGAUUCCUUUGCGUUCCUGGAAGAGCCGGUUACUCCCUUUGGUUUAUUGGUGUAGAUCCUUUGCCCCUACCUGGACAGACAUACCCUGAACUCCAGCUGUUUCUCCUAUAUGGCGGCCCUCUCUCCCCAAAAGACUAAGUUAAAAGGUGAAGCGGAGCUGCCCUUCAUGUGGCCCAGAGCCUGGGGGUGAAGAGAAGAAGGGCAGAGGGAACCCUAUUUCUGUUCAGCUGUUCCCCCCAGAGCUGGUGGAGCAUAUCAUCUCAUUCCUCCCAGUCAGAGAUGUAGUCGCUCUGGGCCAGACCUGCCACUACUUCCAUGAAGUGUGCGACGCUGAGGGCGUGUGGAGACGCAUCUGUCGCAGGCUUAGUCCUCGUCUACGAGAGCAGGGCUCUGGGGUCCGGCCCUGGAAGAGAGCUGCCAUUCUUAACUGCAUUUGGAGGCCGCCGCCGCUGUCUCAGCAAGAGUGUAGCCCCCCUGCUAGCCCAUGGCUACCGCCGCUUCUUGCCCACCAAGGACCAUGUCUUCAUUCUUGACUACACGGGGACCCUCUUCUUCCUCAAAAAUGCCCUGGUCUCCUCUACCCUUGGCCAGAUCCAGUGGAAGCGAGCCUGCCGCUAUGUUGUAUUGUGUCGCGGAGCCAAGGAUUUUGCCUCGGACCCAAGAUGUGACACCGUUUACCGUAAAUACCUCUAUGUAUUGGCCACCCGGGAGCAGCCAGCAGUGGUAGGCACAACGGGCAGCCGGGCCUGUGACUGUGUCGAGGUCUAUCUGCAGUCCAGUGGGCAGCGGGUCUUCAAGAUGACCUUCCACCACUCCAUGAGCUUCAAACAGAUUGUGCUGGUUGGUCAGGAGAACCAGCGGGCUCUACUGCUUCUCACAGAGGAAGGAAAGAUCUACUCUUUGGUAGUGAAUGAAACCCAGCUGGACCAGCCACGCUCCUACACAGUUCAGCUGGCCCUGAGGAAGGUGUCCCGUUGCCUGCCUCACCUUUGUGUGACCCGCAUGGCUUCUAACCAGAGCAGUACUCUCUACAUCACAGACCAGGGGGGAGUAUAUUUUGAGGUGCAUACCCCAGGGGUGUAUCGUGAUCUCUUUGGGACCCUUCAAGCCUUUGACCCCCUGGACCAGCAGAUGCCGCUUGCUCUCUCACUGCCUGCCAAGAUACUAUUUUGUGCUCUUGGCUACAACCACCUUGGCUUGGUGGAUGAAUUUGGCCGAAUCUUUAUGCAGGGAAAUAACAGAUAUGGGCAGCUGGGAACAGGGGACAAAAUGGACCGAGGGGAACCCACACAGGUGCAUUAUCUGCAACGUCCCAUUGCCCUGUGGUGUGGCCUCAACCACUCUCUGGUGCUGAGCCAGGGCUCGGACUUCAGCAAGGAGCUUCUGGGCUGUGGCUGUGGGGCUGGAGGCCGCCUCCCUGGCUGGCCUAAGGGGAGUGCCUCUUUCGUGAAGCUCCACGUCAAGGUCCCUCUGUGUGCCUGUUCCCUCUGCUCUACCAGAGAGUGCCUCUACAUGCUGUCCAGCCAUGACAUCGAACACCAUCCCACCUACCGGGACCUACCAGCCAGCAGGGUGGUGGGGACCCCCGAGCCUGGCCUGGGAGCUGGAGCACCCCAGGACCCUGGGGGGGCAGCCCGGGCCUGUGAGGAGUACCUCAGCCAGAUCCACAGUUGCUCCACAUUGCAGGAUCGCAUGGAAAAGAUGAAGGAGAUCGUGGGUUGGAUGCCCUUGAUGGCUGCACAGAAAGAUUUCUUCUGGGAGGCCCUGGACAUGCUGCAGAGGGCUGCUGGAGGGGUUGGCCCGGGCCCCUCAACCCCUGAGAGCUGAGCCCCUUUCCUAGUCUUACCCCUGGAGGGAGAGUCUGGCCCUGGGCCAGGAGCUAAGGAGAGUGGGAUGGUAGCAAUAAACAUUGUAUGUGCACAUGGGGAGGGGUGGGAAUUGCUAGGCUUGCCAGGGUGGGCAGGGAACCGUUUUGUAAAAUGUUCAGGGGGCUGCCCAGGAGGGACCCCCAACCUGACUAUCAUGGACAAGAGAUUUGAUGGGCAAAUAGAAUAAAAGGCUGAAGUGAG